UUUAUUUUAAAAAACAAUAUCAUAAGAAACAUGUAUUCAUCAUAUGGCAACACUAGUUCUGGCACUAGUUCAAAGUACCACAUCAAAUUUGGUGGACAAACAAUUGAAACAACUGUGACUAACAAAGCUGCUGUUGCCGAUGAAUGGGCUAAUGCAAUGCUAUCCAAAUAUUCUGGAAAACAAACAGUUGUGGGCUUAGACAAUGAAUGGAAGCCCACUUUUAGUCCAUUCACAAGUAACAAAUCAGCCACGCUUCAACUCUGCAUUGACAACACUUGUCUGAUCGUCCAGUUGUUUUACUUGGAUGAAAUCCCACAAAUACUCAAGAAAUUCUUGGCUAAUCCUGAUUUCACAUUUGUGGGAGUUGAGGUUGGUGAAGAUAUCCUUAAACUGAAAAAUGAGUAUGGUUUUGUUUGUUCUAAUCAAGCUGAUAUUCGUGAUGUUGCUAAGAAUAAAUGGCCUGGUCUAUUUUCUCGUCUAGGAUUGAAGGAUCUUGCUAGUGAGAUUUGUGGUCUUUAUAUGCCUAAGCCAAAAGAUGUUUGUCAAAGUAAUUGGGAGGCAAGGGUUCUUAGUGAGGCACAAGUUGAAUAUGCUUGCAUUGAUGCUUAUGCUUCCUUCAAGAUUGGUCACAAGUUACUUAUGGAAAAUUGAACCUGUUUUAGUUUCAAGUGUCUAAAU